AAUCAACCAGUUAAAAUGGCUGCUGCAACCACAUAAGUCAUUUAUUUGCAAAGCGUAUGUAGAAGUAAAGUCCGUAUAUUGCAUAGGAAUUGAAGCUCUACCUAAGUAGUUCGCCAACAACAACCAACAUUCCAGUUCAUGCGCAAACAAUGACGCUAUUCAACAACAAAAUCAACGUUAUCAAUUAUAAUAACUGUAUGCGUAUCAGUUUCAUUUACCUGGUCUUAAUUGGCGUCCUUUUGAGCAGCAUUUGUCCAUUGGCUGUAACCGAGCAUAUAACUAAUCUACAAAAGUAUGAUAUUGGCAUUGGGAGCAACCGCGAGUCCCCUUUGCACCCAUUGCUGAAAGGCGUCGGUGCUGCUGCACCGAAUUGGUUACAACGUGCCAAGCAGGAAGUUACUGAUGUGAAAACAGAGCUGGCCAAACUGAACACUACUUAUGUAUACCAGAAUGCCUGGCCAGCGAAUAACGUGAAACUGGGCGCCGUCACUGCAGUUAGCUUCGAUAAAGCCGGCAAUGUGGUUAUAUUUCAUAGAGUCGAUCGGAUUUGGAGCCAGAUAACGUUCAACAAUUCAAACGUAUAUCAAGAACGCAACAGGGGACCCAUUAAGGAGAACACUGUGCUGGGACUAGAGUCCGACUCGGGCAAAGUGCUUUAUUCGUGGGGUAAAAAUUUCUUUUACAUGCCGCACGGCUUAAGCAUUGACCCCGAGGAUAAUGUCUGGGUAACCGAUGUGGCUAUGCAUCAGGUCUUUAAGUUCCCACCCCGAGGCAAAGGAGGCAAAGCACUUCUUACCCUCGGCACUGCCUUCCAUCCUGGCGUUGGCAAGAAAUUUUGUAAACCCACCGCAGUGGCUGUGUUAAAUAAUGGAGACUUCUUCGUUGCGGAUGGCUAUUGCAAUGCGCGCAUUAUCAAAUAUUCCAAGGAGGGCGAACAGAUACUAGUUUGGGGACAAAGUUCCUUUGUUGGAAUGUCUUACGAUGUAGCGCCAGCCAAUUUCUUUGCCAUACCGCACGCAUUGACACUGGUGCCCGAACUAGAGCUGCUGUGUGCCGCUGAUCGUGAAAAUGGCCGCGUACAAUGCUUUUACUCGAACAAUGGCAGUUUCCAUUCGCAAUACCAUAAUCCAGUCAUUGGCGAUCGUCUGUUUAGCAUGGCCUAUACACCUGCAGCAGGUGGUGAGCUGGUGAUUGUUAAUGGACCUACCGCCGAGCUUGGUAUAGGUCCAAAUGAUUACAACGAAGUGCACGGCUUUGUGAUGAGCAUGCGCACCAAGCAAUUGGUCUCCAAGUUCGGUCCGAACAAUUUUGAGUUCCAGAAUCCUCACGAUGUGGCCGUCACCGAUGACGGCAAUUCAAUCUAUGUGGCUGAACUGAAUCCCAUGCGUAUACACAAAUUUGUGCAUAAGUCCAUUGCGAAGCCGAUGUCUUUGUCUGCUUCAAAGAUCAGUAGCAGCGUAAAAAAUGCAUCGGAAACCUCAGUUAUUUCAGAAAUAAUAAACAACUCUGAUAAAAAGCAAACAACGCACCAUCCCAGUGGCAAAGCGAUAAUGGUUGCAUCGAUGAUGUUGCUAUUUGCUGGCUCCACAUUUGUUUUGGCGCUGAUUAUGGCGCGCCGUCGCAAACGAGGUUGCCUUCCCUUUGGCACACACAGUCGCCGGCAUGCCUGGGAGAAGACCGAGGGCUUCAAGCUAGGCGGCCUGAUUGAUCGGAAUGGUUUUGAGAAGCUCGAUCAGAAUGCUAGUGAUGAGGAGCAGGAGCAGGAGACGACAUCACUCUCGCAUUACGCCUAGUUUCCACACAUACACAAACAUAAAUUCACACACACACCUGGACCAAGAGACUUAUCUAUUUUGUAAAGCUAACUAUGCGCCAUUCAUGUAGUUCUAGUUCUAAAUACCUCAGUGAAUUUAUUUUAUAUAAAUAUUAUUUAUUUAAUUUAGCUAUGUGCAUACUGUUUUCAACCAUUCCGCAUUUUCUACUCUUGCCAAAAUUGUUUUAAGUACACAUUAUACAUAUAUACAUUAUUUAUGUGCAAUUAUUAAAAAAAAUAUAUAUACAACAAUAUAUAUAUAAACAAAUUAAGUCGUUUCUUGCUGUGUAUUUUGUCAAUACGUUGAAUGCAGAUUUUUUUUGCGCUGCUGAUAAAACUUAAUUACAUAUCGGAUAUGGUUAAGAUUAUAUACUAAAAAAAUAUAUAUAUAUAUGGAAAUAUAUAUAUAUGUUAGAAAUUCCAACUUAUUGUCUAAUAAGGCCCCUGUGUGGCAAAACUAAUUUGCUAUACGAAUUUAAGAUUAUAGUUAAUUCGUUGUCGUUCGUCGAUU